AGACAGACGGUGCUUCGGGUUUUCGGUUUUUGUUUCGUCCGCGCACGUUCUUGCUUUUUGAAGAUACAUGUGCGAGUCGCUUACAAACUGGAAUUACGUUGAACCUCGGCGAAGUGUACGGUGUGAUUUAACUCGUAUUUGCGACAACGGAAGGGCAGUUUAGCGCUUUAUGCCAGUUGUUCGAGCACAACGUCACUGCGUUGUGCGUGGCCCCCGAGUUGCAUUGGCGCCGAACUUUCAUUACCAGAGCGUCUAUAAAUAAUUUUCGCUCUGGUGACUGCUGUGUCUAUUGCGUGCGCUUGUUUGACAGAAAACUAAGGUCUCAAGCUCCCAUAGAGUACGAGUGACAGGUAUGUCGAACGAAAUCAACCGUUUUGGCUGCGACGCAGCGCUAACGGCGCUGUACUUCGCCUUCGAAGAGCUGGCGCUGCGUCAACUGAAGGAGGCCGAAUAUGAACGUGAAGUCGACAAGCUGGAACGCAAAAAGUUUCAACUGGAAGCGAGUUUACGAGCCGUCAAACUGAAGCUCGAGCAAGUUCUGGGGGAGGCCGCACGUCUGGAGCCGGUCAUCUUGCGAGAACUAGAGCGCCAGACCAAUGUGCAGACGCAAGAGUUGUCCAAGGCCAAAGAAGAAGCCACAGAGCAUGAACAACAGUUUGCGCCAGUCGAGGCGAAGUGUGACGAGCUGAAAAAACAGAACGCCGAACCGGAGAAAGAGGUGGAAGAAUUGAAGUCGCGGGACGCCGACGGCGUCGCCGGAGAAGUCAACAUGAGAAAGCUUUUACAAGAACUUCGCUUUAUGGUCGCUCAGCUGGAGCAGAAACAUCGAAAGCUGUGCGUAAUAGAGCGCUACUCCGCGACCCGCAUGGAGGCUCUGAUCGCUGAGAUACGUCGACGACGCAAUGAGGCUGAAGUUGAUCAAAACCAGGGCCCGGUUGUCCUGCGGUCUACCUGCCCGUCUUCGACGUCGAACCAGUGCAGAUGCCAACGACGGUAGUGGCGCUGAAGGUGCCGCCGCGGACUACAGCUGCCAUGCGACCGACAACGUCCGGAGGAACUUGUUUGAGCACCAGGAGCAGAGACAUCAGCAGUUGUGAGACAUCAUCGUCAGGAUUCGCGAAUAGUUCGCUGUCCUGCUGAAGAAAGUCGGCUACCGAGAGGGGAAGAAUGUUUCAGUGCAGACAGAACUGGAACCAACGGAGUAUCAUCCAGAGGAGCCCGUGCCUUGAUUUGAUUUAUUGACCAAUGACAGUGACAAAGCAGGAUAUGCCACUGCAUUGCUGGUUCCUAAUUUAAGAUGUAUUUUUUUCCACACUGUUUAAGCAAACAAGCAGAAGCAAGCUUUCAUGUUUCAAUAAAUUUCAUUAUUCAUUCAUUCAUUAA